AUGUUGGAGUUGUGCCCUCAAUCAGAAACACCGAUUUUAGUUGCGGAAUACAAGUGGACUUGCCAACUCAUUCUGAGCAAUAUCGUCUUCUCGGACGAUCGUGAUAAACUCGGGCACAAGCCGGUGCCCGAGGCUAUACAGUGGAUUCUUCAUGAGGCUGCGUAUUGCAAUAGUAGAGGUGGUUCGGAGGCAGGUUGGAACGUUGAAGUUCAUCAUCAUGUCCUUUCUGCGGCUUUGAGACUGUUACAGGAUUCUGACCGUCCUAGUACAACCGCUUCAAACAUCGCCGAGUGUCAUGUGACUUCAGCGUCUAAGAAAGUCGACUUUUGCAUGUAUCUUGAUCCCAUGCAGGAUGAUUUUGCCCAAGUUUCGGAUACCAUUGACGCCCCGAAGAAUAUCUUCCCACUCGGCAUUUUUAAUCGCACAAAUCUAGCCCCGCUCUCCGACAGCCCCAUCGCCGUUGGCAUCGAAAUCAAGAAGACGGGCGAGCGUUGGGAGAACGCCAAGCUACAGAUGGAAGUCUGGAUGGCAGCCCAUUGGCAGUUCCUCUGGCAACUACUAUUACGAAAACGAGCACAAGAGCUCGCAACUAGCGACGAGAUGAGAUGGAGCCUCCCAGAUUUCAUAACUGGCAUCAUCAUCCAACGGCAUGAUUGGCACCUCAUUAUCACGACGCCAGAAGGAGAUAAGACGCUUUUCUGGCAGAAGAAGAAUCUUGGACAUACGUCGAACUCAAUGGGAAUUUACAAGAUUAUAUAUAAUUUGGAGCUAUUGAGGCAAUGGGCACAAGAGGAAUAUUACAGAUAG